UUCCCAAGGAGAAAGCCGCAAAGAAAGAGGUCGCGUGUUCAGGAUCCUCCGAGAAAAACGCAGAAAAGCGCUGAGCUGUUAAGCUUUUUCUUCUGUUUUUUCGUGUUUACGUUUACGUCGAUCUAAGCGUGUAGAUGAGAGGCUUCACCCUGCGAACCGAGCCUACCCGGUACCGGACCCAGACAGAACCUGCCCCUACGCCUCAUGUGAUGGAGGCGAUGGACCACAACUAACUCAGAGUCCUCGGAGAUCGAGAUUGAGGCUGAGGUGGAGCAGAGGAGGUGCUUUUUGGGAAUGAGAGUCACCGAGCCACAAGAAGCGGCAGCGUGCAGGCCGGAUGAAAAAAAAUGGGGCUGCAGAUGUGGACACCAGCCGACCGCGACUGUGAGGGACCCGGUCCAAAGCCAUGCCAGAUGUGAGGUCUCCACCACCACGUGACUACCCCUCCACCGCAUCCUGCAUCGCCGCUCCGUUCGCCGGCUCAUCCGUGAGCUGCGCCCCCUCUCUAGUCAUAGACAUGGAACCCUGCAUCGCCAACCUCCUCCCAUCUCCCGACCCCCUCUCUGCCUUCCCCCGACACAGACAUGUUGCCCCCCACUAUCAUGGUCUUCAGGGGCCUGCGUUCCCGCUUGUGGCCAGGUGUAACAGCAGCACCCUGCUCAAUAACUUAGGUUGGAGGCAUUGCUCCGGAAGGCAAGGACCUCCAGGGAUGGUGUUGGAACAAAGACGGUCUCCAGACUGCUGCGUCCAAGCAGGAAGCAGCAGACCAUACAGGAGCAUGGAGAACCUGAACUCAAACUCUGUAUCUGAUUCAGGUCUGAGCUCCUCCAGCGCUCCUGCAUACAGGAGUGUGGACAGCGAGUUUAUUUUGCGCUGCACCUCCCAGAGUCACUGGUAUGAUGGGCCUCCGGAGGGAUCAGUGCUGGGGGGCCCGGGCCUGGUGCCCAACCCUGAAAGCCUGGCCUACUACCCUCGACAUGGACUCCCAAGAAAGGAUCUACCGCUCCUACCGCAGUUGCUUUUCCCUCGAGGUGUGGAUGAACUGGAUGCAAGGAAAGGCCUGAGGGAAAAGCUGCGCCUCCAGAGUGCAAGAUCCGGGAUAGAGCCUCUCAAGUCCCUCCCGUUACGGCCUCAUGUGACCACGGAUCCUGGGGAGGGGGUGCCUCAUCGUAAUUCAACACGGCCAGUGUGCGGAUUACGCAUAACCUGCCCAGAGGACAUCAAACAGGAGGUCCUAAGGCGACUUCAGCUGCGCCGGCAGAACAGCAGCCCAAACCUGGCGCUCCAUAGCACCCCACGCAGCCCCACAGUGCUUCACGCUUCCUACACGACCGACAACCUUUCAGGCAACAACAACGGACCUCAUUCUGUAUCGGAAUUCCAAAAAGGGCCUGUUGGCCGUCUUUACAUCCCGACCUUUGAGGAAUUUAAGAGGAUGAGGCAGAAGGGGAGGGAGCAGAACCCGGAGUCCACAGCAGGUUCUGGGGUACAAACCAAUCUAUCUCCUUCUGAGCACCCAUGUGGUCUACAGAUAGGGGACUCGGACGCAGACAAGAGCACAAGCGGAGUCACAUGCAACGGCGCCGCCACAAGCUCUCCAAUCCGCACGGGCCCAUCUCCUCGUUCGCCCCUGAAGGCCGAGGAUAGCACAACCCAGACAAGAUCUCUUCCAGCAGGUCCUGAUGAGGACGGUAACGGACGGCGCAGGAGGUGCAGUCUGGAACCAGCGGGGUCGGUUCCUUUCCCUCCCAGCAGGGCGAAUGGGGAACGCCCCUCCUCCUGCUGUCCGGCGCUACUUCUGGAGGGCACGGACCUAUCCAGUUACGGAGCUAAGAUCUACAAGAUGAAGGAUGGCCUCAUUGGAUCAGCUCUGGACCUCAUCAAGAAGAGCUGCAGUGCAGAGAUCUCCUCCGAGGCCCCCGUCAGGCUGUCAGCUGACCGGGUCGGAGACAUCGCCGCCCCCCGCGCCGGCCGUCAGCCCUCCGCCGUUGCCAUGGCAACCACGGCCACCACGGCCUGCGGAGGAGCCGAGGUUGGCGACGAGACGCCUGCAGCAGCGGGAGCCGCAGGAGGAGAAGAGGAGGAAGUGCGAGAAUGCAACACGGCGCUAGGCUGCAGGCGCUCCAGCUCGGAUGCCGCCUAUGAGCUGUCGCAGACGCUGAGGGCUCAGCGCGAGUGUCGCCUACGGCCGCACUACAGCGACCCCAUGCCGGCCGACGCCUCCAAGCGCAAACAGCUGGAGAUGAAGAUCGCUGCCGCCGCCCAUACCCACACUCAUCGGCGGGAACGAGACAGCGCUCCAGCAGCCCUCCGCGGCCACUCAGAGCCGCCAGGCGAGGAGCGGCAGGUGGGUUUGAGUGUCACCCGGACCAGGCAGCACCGCUGGAGUACCAUCAGCAGCCUGAGCGCAGACAGCGGCGUCGUGGGCCUCAGCGAUGAGCGCGAGGACGAGGACAGCGAGCCUCGGCGUCAGCGCCGCAGUCGCGGGGCCGAGGUGGAGCGGGUGGACAGCGGCAUCGGCCCGGGCUUGUCUCGCACCUGGAAAAGACCCUCCGCCUCACUCCGGAACUGGGACGUGCACAGACCGUGUCUGGACUGCGGGCGGCGGGACGAGACCUCCAGAGAGCGAGGAGCGAGCAUGUGCGAGCGAUGCUGCAAGCUGCGUACUGAGCGCAAAGAGGCUCUUCUGGAGUUUCUGAACACCGAGACGAGCUACGGCGAGGACCUUCGCAUCAUCAAGGAGGAGUUCUACUGCCCCAUGCAGAGCGCCGGGCUGCUGACUGCUGAUCAGCUAAAUGUGGUCUUUGCUAACGUCCAGGAGCUCAUAGACGUCAACGACCGCUUCACAGAGCACCUUCAGGACAGCAUCGACCAGGCCAUGGACCAGGGAGACGAGGAUCUGCUGACGGUGUCCAUCGGAGAGAUCUUUCUGGAGUUUGUCAACAUGCUUCCGGCCUUCCAGACCUACUGUCUGCAGCAGUCCACCUCGGUCAACAUGCUCAAUGCGCUGGAGAAGGAGAAAGAACUGCUCAGGAUCUUCCUGGAUGUUUCCCAGAAUGACAACACAGCACUGCGUCGAAUGAACCUGCGCUCCUUCCUCAUGGCGCCCCUCCAACGUGUCACCAAAUACCCACUCCUGCUGAGCCGGAUCAUCAAGGUGACUCCCGAGAACCACCCGGAAUUUGCACGUCUACGCGAGGCCAAGUGUCGCGUGGAAUCCCACCUGGAGCACAUCAACAUGAAGACCAAGCAGGAAGGCAACGGAGUCUCGUGGUCGCUGCGAUCUUUCCGUCGCGACAGCCGCAAGAAUCGGGAGGUCAUAAAUAUCGAGAUGCGAGAAGUGUCGAUGAAGACAGUCGGAUGGGCGAGGGAAAACACACGUUUCAUCAUGGAGGGGCCGAUCCAGCUUUCCCAACCGGCAGAUGGCCAAUGGGUGAAGAAGGGCACCAAGGCUCUGAAGUUCCAGAAUGUCCAGAGUCUUCUGAUGGUGAGGACACAACGGGCUCCAGACGGCCAGGGGCAGAGUUCCGAGCUGGGAGAGGGUGGCGGAGAAAGCAUCCAAGAUGGAGUUCUGGUUCUAAUCAAGGACAAGAGCAGCGGGAAAUUCGCCGUGAUGAGGGAACCCAUCCACUUGGGGAACUGCGUGGUGUCCAUGGACCCGGAAUGUGAUGACACCUUUGAGGUGCUGGACAUUCGACGGGAGUCCUUUGUUUUCCGCGCCUUAGACAAGUCUCGCACUCAGCACUGGUUCCAUCAGAUAAAGCGAUAUACUCGGGACUUGGGAACGUGGAGGAAAAGACGCAACGCUUUGCCCAACAUCAUGAUCAACACCAACCAGAGUCGCUCCUGAGACCGAGCAUCCAACUGCCUUCCUUCCCUUCGCGAUAAAGAACCCCAAACUGCAAAGCUGCACUUUGGAGCGCCACCAUGCUGCCGCCUCUCUUAAGUCCGGUAAAGCCUCUCGUUGACUUAGAAGAAGAGAAUAGCACUUUUUUUUAAACUUAGCUACGGCCGAUCCACAUCAUCAUGAAAUCACUCGUGGAGACCGACUUUGAUCAAAUACUCGGACAACCAAAAAAACGGGGCUGUGUCGGCCAUGAUUGUAAAGACUGUUUUGUCCUCCAUGAAGAAGAUCUGUAUUUUCAGUACUAGUGUGUGUGCUGGGAAGCAUGACUGAACAUUUUUAUACCAGACUGUGAUGGACUUAACUGGAGUUUACAGACAGACAUGUUAGCGCUUUGUGUGUUUCCUGUUUGUGGUCGCCCCCCCAACCCCCCACUUCCCGUGUAUAUGCCGCCACCUAGUGCACUCUGGCGGCAGAGCAACAUUCACUGCCACAGAUUUGGUAGAGCCUCUGGGAGCGACUUGAAUGGAAACACAGCAAUAACCGAUCAGUUCCAAUCGGAGUAGCCGCUUUAUUCCCCCCCCCAAGACUCGCUUUGCUGCCAUUUUCCUGCUUCUUGUUGCUGGUCUCCCAAAUCGCUUCCGUGUUCUCGUACGUGCAAUCAAAGUCGAGUCGUGUUUCAGUUUGUUGUUCAGCAGAGUUUUUCAACCUCAGUCUGUAUGAAAUGCUAACUUUUGGUGGUCUGUCGAAUGGACCGCCAUCAUGAAAUUAGAUGAUGUCGAUGGUCCUUAUUUAUGUUUGUGACAUAACAUUAUCUGAUUUCCACAUUAUUAGAUUUAUUAUGGUAAUGGUUUGACCAUUACCAUAAUAAAUCUAAUAAUGUGGAGAUCAGAUAAUGUUAUGUUUAUUACUACCCCCAAUUUCGAUGUACGCCCAUAUGAAUCGAGUACAAGUACCAUCAGGUCAAAAGGUCACAUCCCUCAGGCAGCCUCAAGAACGACCUUGUUUUCCCGUUUGAUAAUCGCUUAAUUUGCUCACGAUUAAGUCCAGACCAUAUCAACCGGUCCACGGUCUUGAUAUGGUUCCAGUCUCCAGCCAAAGUAACCAACAGUCAAAUACGCAAAUUGAGAUAGUUUAAAACCAAUUCCUAGUCGGCCUACUCACUUUUGAUUUUCCAGAAUCUAGUUUGGAAUGAACACCAGCUUGCGCUCCUUGGUUUGGUCCAUUUGGUUAUUGGUGAACACGGUAAUCAAACUCAGGUGCAGACCAAAUCAAGCAGUACCUGGUCUUGGUAUGGUUCCAUACUCUAAAUCACGGAACUGGCAAAGAAGCAAAUCUGGAUUGAGCCCAAAGUUGGGCAGACACUGUGCGAAUUGGGACGGUUUUGACUUUUGACUGGAUUUCAAUCGGACAACUGAGGUCCGGUCUUCUCGAGAAGCGUUUGGCAGCUUUCCACAGAUCAGGUGACCUAUCGGACCUCUUGAGACCAAGUCUCUCAAAUCUCCACCAGACACGGAUACAUGGGAACAGGAUUAAAGAGGAGAAUUUUAGUGUAGGGCUGCACGGCGGUCGAGUGGUUAGCGUGCAGACCUCACAGCUAGGAGACCCGAGUUCAAUCCCACCCUCGGGCCAUCUCUGUGUGGAGUUUGCAUGUUCUCCCUGUGGGUUUUCUCCGGGUACUCCGGUUUCCUCCCACGUUCCAAAAACAUGCUAGGUUAAUUAGCCACUCCAAAUUGUCCAUAGGUAUGAAUGUGAGUGUGAAUGGUUGUUUGUCUAUAUGUGCCCUGUGAUUGGCUGGCCACCAGUCCAGGGUGUACCCCACCUCUCGCCCCAAGACAGCUGGGACCCUCGUGAGGAUAAGCGGUAGAAAAUUAAUGAAUGAAUUACUCAAUCGUAAUUAUUGUUAAUUUUCCAGCUAAGUGGUCAGGUUGAGAAACUCUGCUCCAAAAAAACGCCUCGACCGCGUCUAAUGUCUGAGCUGAUGUGCCUUGGCUCCUCCAAACUUCAACCACAUUUGCAAAGCCUCACUGAAGCAGCAUUUUGACAGACUAGACUGACCCCCGUCGGCCCCCCUUUCAGUCUGCAGGCGACGUUCACGACUUCAAAUCAUGAAAGCUUUAUUUUCUUUGUAGCACUUUACUGAACCCUCCAGCUAGAAGAGUUUACAUUAUUGCAUUCUCCACAACAGGCGGGUCCAUCGGAACGCUCCACGUUCCGAUGCCGUUCGUGUUGUCGAAGGGUGACUGACCAAGGUGGCGAAUCACUGUGUCCACACCAACACUACUGUGCUUUUUUUCCCCACCAUUUCUCAUUUCAAAUCAGACCUGCUGUAUUAUUUCCUGAUGUAAUAAUAUAUUGUGACUCAAUAUUAAAAAACAUUUUAAAAUUGUGUUGUUUUUUUUGUGUGUGGUGGGCUGAAAGAAAAAGACAGAUGGACCGUACCACACUGCGCAUACAAAUGUAUUUAAAGUUUAAGGAAGGUACACACGCUGAACACAACACGCACAAAGAUGAUGGCACAUGCAGAACCGCACAUCAGGUCCACGUUUGAAGGAGCAGCGUUCCAAGAUUUCUUCAACUAUUCCUUCACGAAAGUCGCAAAUACAAUUUGGUAAGGAAACAAAAACUGGAGAAAUGAAUUUUUUUUUUUUUGCAAAUAAAGUCACCAAAAAAAAAAAAAGACAUCCUUUCAGGAAUUCUCGGAGCAAAUCCUUCAGAGGGAGCCAAUCCACAGCGGCAUGGCUUGCUGACCUACAACUAGAACAAGGGUGUCCGAAGUCCAACCGGAAAUGUUACAUUUGAUAAAGAGCUGGGAUCCAGGAUGUUCCGACCCGAUUCAUAUACAGUAUUAGUACGGCCCUACACUGGAUUGGUUCUGCUGCAUCCAAAAUCCUUCCGUUCUUCCGUAUCCCGGCCUUGUUGGAAAAAGUAUGGACACCCCUGAAGUGGAGCACUGAUUAUCACACACGCACACACAGUCCGUCUUUGGCUGCUGGGCCCUCAAUCUGAACCUGGUUUUGGACGUCCGGGUGUGGUGGGGCCCUUUGAUCCAAAUUCCCUGCCCCCAAUUCCCAGUCUAUUAUUUGCCUCCCCCGUGCUCAGGCUCCUUGGCCAGGCCUCGGAUGGACAGGUCGUAGACCACCUCCUCGAUCUUCUUCACGUCGUACUUGAGGCCGUCGUAGCGUUUGCGAAGCGGGUCGUUCUUCAAGUUGAGGAGACGAAAGCCCGAGUCCAGCUCGUUGAUGAAGUUGGAGAUGCGGAGCGGGCGGUUGUAGUCGCCCG